CCUGGAUGGCAAAGAUGUCGCGGUUUCGAUUUCGGAGACCAGACGGCUAUACGCCAGUUCCAAAUGAUGACAGUGGAUUUUCUGAUUCCCAGUUUGAAGUUCCACCGCCUAGGAUACCUUGGAAAGCUAUAAGUCUAGCCGCAUUUUUGUUCAUUGUUGGUACAGUUUUACUUACAGUGGGCAGUCUUAUAGUAACUGGUCACAUAGACACGAAAUAUUCUGAUCGUUUAUGGCCGAUGAUAGUUUUAGGUGGGAUCAUGUUUUUGCCAGGCGCCUACCAUAUAAGAAUAGCACUUUAUGCAUACAAAGAAUAUCCAGGUUACAGCUUCGCAGACAUUCCUGAGUUUGAAUAGUAUUAAUUCCAUUAUUUUUGUUGUUUAAAGUGCAAUUAAUAUAAUAUUAGAUACCAAAAUGUUGUCAAUAUUUAAAAUAUUGAAUAUCAUGUUUUUAUAACGUGUGAGGAUGAGUUACAGUUGUUUUAAUAAAACAUUAGUGAAGCAAUGACCACUAAGAGUAUAAUCACUAGAAAUCUUUUAGAGCUAGGCACAUAUUAUUUUACUGUCAUGCAAUGUGAAUAUAAUUUUAGUCAGUUAAUCAUCUCCAAGGUCUUAACCUACUCAUAUGGGGUUGGCACACUAGGUUUUGUAAACCCUAAAGGUUGGCUUAAUAUUUUUUACGGCCAGCCACCUGUCCGUAACCAACCCUACUUGAGAAGAAUAUAUUAAAAUUAUCCUUAAUAACAAUAGGUAAAUAAUUCAAAAUUUUAGUCAGAUAAGUACAAAAAAUAGCCAUCAGAAUGAUGCAUGCUCCAACUAUUAAGUGAAAUGUUUUCUUUUACUUGAUGUAGAUAUAGUACUUAGAUGCAUUCAUAAUUUAUCUUAAGCUUAUGAUAGGUGACAUAGG